CCACCUUCUCUAUUCAUGGUCUCACGUAUGUUUCUACUUCUAGACAUGGACAAAAUGAACUGCAUUCUCCUAACAGCGUUCAUUAUUCUGACCACAUCCUGCAAUUCUGGCUAUGCACUUCGAUGUUAUUACUGUGAACAAAGUCCUAUGCUCUGUAGAACCAACCUCACCUGCUCUGAUGAAGAAGAUGCUUGCUUGCAAAUUAGGAUGAUACAUUUGAGAACUUACAAGUGCUGGAAAAUGUCAAAAUGCAGCAAAGAUGUUGUAGCCCGGGAGUUUAGUGUUGACAGUUUUAGACACCUUUGCUGCCAAAGAGAUUUCUGCAAUAAGAGUUCAAGCCUCCUCGUCAGUACAGCUCUCCUUGGUAUUUCUGCAGUGAUUGUGGUUUGGAUGAUGUCCUCGUAACAUGGAGAUUUGAAGUAAUAUCUUCUCUGCAUAUCCCUAUUCUCCCCAGACAUACAAGCACAUUACUGCAACAACUAAAGCUAUUUGAAGAAGCAGCUUGUUUUUGACCAGAAGAGAGUUAAAGCUAAGCCAGAAAAAAAUGGGAAAAUAUAUCCUUAAAAGAUAGUAUUCUCACUCAGUGCAUGUCGAUGCUCUUUGACAAUUGAGCCUACUCCUUAAUAUUUAAUCUCUGGUUAAUCUGUAUUCAUGGGAGAGAAAUU